CGUGGAAGCAGAAGAAGGAAGGAAGGAAGGCGACACUAAACCUUCAAUAGUUCGCCUUUUUUUUAAUAAUUAAAAUGGGAAUGUUACCAAUGGCGACUUUGUUCGUGCGGGCCCGGAAGUAGGACUUGUGAAGAUGCGCCCCGGAGGCAGUAAAGCGGCCCACGGCAGUGAGUGUUUACAUGGUGGCGUGUAGUCCAGGACACGGAACACACUUUGCUUUUAGUGCAAAACAAGCUUGGGAGUGGCAGCAACAUUCUUUCAACUAGUUUGUUAUUUGUAAGCGGAGUCCCACAUGGAGCCCCCCCAGCGCUACGCCCUCACCUACAUCGGCUGGUCGACGCUGGGUCGCCGCACCACGCUGCCCAUGCUCCCGUGGCUGGUGGCGGAGAUCCGGCGGAGGAGCGAGAGGGGCGACUGCGGCCCCGCCAUGCAGCCCCGGGAGGUGCAGCUGCUGCUCCACAGCCCCUUGCUCCGCUGCGUGCCCUCGUCCUCCUCCUCCUCCUCCUCCUCCUCCAACAACUACUCGGUGUUCAUCUUCGAGCACAAGGCGCAGCACAUCUCCCGCUUCCUGCACAACAGCAACGACCUCACCUACUUCGCCUACCUGCUGAGGGCCCACCCCGACAACCCCGAGGCCGAGAUGUCCUGUCACGUGUUCAAGGCCGGAGACCCAAACCUGGUGCCUGAGGUGAUCAGCAGCAUUCGCCAAGUGUCCAAAUCAGCCCUAAAGGAAGAGGCCAAACCAAAACAGGAAGCCGACGAGGCCUUCUACAACUCCCAGAAGUUUGAAGUGCUCUACUGUGGCAAGGUGACGGUGGGGCACAAGAAGGCGCCCUCCACCCUCAUUGACGACUGCGUGGAAAAGUUCCACCAGCAUGAGGUUAAGCGCAAACGCCUGAUUAAUGGCCAGAAAGGCUCCGUAGACAAGGUCCCCGUGGAGUUCACCAUCGGCGGGGAAGUAGAUCCGCUCUCGUCGACCUUGAAUGAGAAGACCGAGGAGCCAGAAGGUCUGGAAGGCGACGACUUGUUGGGCCUGUCCAGCAGCGCCAGUCAGAGCAGCCUGAGAGGAACGUUCCCCGAGUGCAUCCUGGAAGAUUCGGGCUUUCAGGAACCGCAGGAGUUCCGCACGCGCUGCAGCAGCAUGGCUGGAGGUCUGCAGAGGAAGCCCGGCGAAGGCCCCGUCGCGAAGGACCCCGUACGCCGCAGACACGCCAGCGCUCCGAACAACGUCCAGCCGUCCGAUUCGGACAAAAACCGAACCAUGCUCUUCCAGGUUGGACGUUUUGAAGUCAACCUCAUCAGUCCAGACAGCAAGACAGUGGUGCUGGAAAAGAACUUCAAAGAUAUUUCAUCUUGCUGUCAGGGUAUCAAGGAAACAGAUCAUUUUGGAUUCAUCUGUCGCGACCUGUCAGAAUCCGGCCCCAGCCAGUAUGUGUGCUUCGUCUUCCAGUGCGCCAGCGAAUCCCUGGUGGAAGAGGUGAUGCUGACCCUGAAGCAGGCCUUCAGCACAGCAGCCGCCUUGCAGAGCAGCAAGACUCAGAUCCAGUUAUGCGAGGCCUGCCCCAUGCACGACUUGCACAAGCUCUGCGAGCGCAUUGAAGGCCUCUACCCGCCACGAGCAAAGCUGGCCAUCCAGAAGUACGUCUCCCAGCUGGCUGACAAUGAGCAAGCGGACGUCUUCGAGCGACUUCAGAGACUGAAGCCCGGUUCAGACCAAGAGGAGAACGAGCUGGUCAUUCUUCAUCUCAGACAGCUUUGUGAAAGCAAGCAGAAGACGCACCUCCAUAUUGGAGAAGCCCCGCAGAACGCGUCGGCGGGGGACGCCGGAUCCACAGGCAGCCGCUUCAAAUUGGACAUCCUUAAAAAUAAAGCUCGCUCGUCCCUCACCACCUCCCUGGAGAACAUCCUGGCCAGGGGGGCCAGCCGGAUGCGAGGCCGUUUGGGAAGCAUGGGAAGCAUGAGCAGCUUUGAAAGACAGGAUGAGGAAUCGACGGGUCUGUCGCCGCCGGCGUCCCCGCCUCCUUUCCCAGACGACGACCCGGAAGCCGGCCUGCAGUUCCGUCGGCGCGCUCACACCUUCAGCCAUCCGCCCGUGAAGAAGCGCAUCUCCUUUGAAGGCCAGGUGAAGCCGGCGCCGCUCCGCCGCCAGCAGUCGGCCACCCAGGAAGCUCUGCAAAGCAGUCCCGUGGCCGUGUCGAGAACGCGCAGCGUGUCGGAGAGCCAGUCCUUCAGCCUCCCCUCCUCCUUCUCCGCUCCCACUUUCCUGAAAAGCUUUUACCAGGGCUCGCUGGGCUCCCUCAGCUCGCUGACCGACAGCGGGAGCCUCAGGAGCAUUAAUGGCGAAGGCAGGAAGAGGACGCUGUCCGGCUGCAGCAAUGACUCCGUGAGCGGCGCUUUGACCCCGACCCCCCGCAGGGUCUCCUGGAGGCAGAAGAUCUUCCUGAGGGUGGCCUCGCCCAUGAACAAGGCCUCCAUGCACCAUUCAGAGCAAUCAGACGCAAGAGAGCUGCUGCCGCUCUCGCCUCACGCCUCGCACUCAAACGAAGACCCCAUGGGUCGUCGCCUGGCGGCGGGAGAGCGUCCAAAGAGGACGCCGGCGGACUACAGGGCCUUGUGGAAGACGGCCAUUCGCCAGCAGAUCCUGCUGCUGCGCAUGGAGAAGGAGAACCAGAGACUGGAGGCGAGCAGGGAUGAGCUGCACAUCCGCAAGAUGAAGCUGAGCUACCAGGAAGUGGGCCCAGAAUCCAAAGAGGCGCUGUGGGAAAAGAAGCUGACGACGCCGGGAAGAACCACAGUCCUGCAGGACAAGGACCAGCUCUACCGUGCACUCUGCCAAGGUGUUCCCAAAAGCCGGCGUGGGGAGGUGUGGUUGCUGCUCUGCCAUCAGCACCGCCUGUGUCACAGACUUCCUCAGCGCCAACACGUCCCCGACACCCCUUAUAGGGACCUGCUCAAGCAGCUGACCGCCCAGCAACACGCCAUUCUGGUGGAUUUAGGCCGGACCUUCCCCUCCCACGAGUACUUCUCAGCCCAGCUGGGUGCAGGACAACUGUCCCUCUAUAACCUGCUGAAAGCCUACUCUCUGCUGGACACUGAGGUGGGCUACUGUCAGGGUGUCAGCUUCGUGGCGGGCGUGUUGCUGCUGCACAUGAGCGAGGAGCAGGCCUUCGACGCGCUCAAGUUCCUCAUGUACGACCUCGGCAUCAGACGCCAGUACAAGCCUGACAUGGUCUCUCUGCAGAUCCAGAUGUACCAGCUCUCCAGGCUGCUGCACGACUACCACCGGGACUUGUACAACCACCUGGAGGAGCACGAGAUCUGCCCCAGCCUGUACGCCGCGCCCUGGUUCCUCACGCUCUUCGCCUCGCAGUUUCCCCUCGGCUUCGUGUCUCGCGUCUUCGACUUCCUGUUCAUCCACGGCCCUGAGGUGGUCUUCAAGGUGGCCCUCUGUCUCCUGAGCAGCCACCAGGGGGCGAUAGUGGAGUGCGACAGCUUCGAGAGCAUCGUGGACUACCUGAAGAGCAAGCUUCCCACGCUCACGCACGCCCAGAUGGAGCAGACCAUCGCCAAGGUGAUGGAGAUGGACAUCUCCAAGCAGCUCCACACGUACGAGGUGGAGUAUCUCGUGCUGCAGGACGAGAUGCUGGAAAGCAGCGCGCCGCAGGCCGACGACUCGGACCGCUUGGAGAAGCUGGAGAAAACCAACGCGCAGCUGAAGAAGCAGAACAUGGAUCUGCUGGAAAAACUUCAGGCGGCCCGGCAGAAGAUCCAAACCCUGGAGACCAACGUGGACAACUUCCUGUCUCGCGAGAGCAAAAUGAAGCACGUGAUCCGCUCGCUGGAGCAGGAGAGGGCGUCCCAGCAGAGGACCAUCGAGCGCAUGCGCUCCUGCCUGCCCCCCGACGCCCUGACAGAUGUGGAGAUGACCCACAUCAGAGCGGGACCCAACGGGAAAGCCAAACCUGGCGCCAAGAAGCCGUGAUGAGUUCAAAGCCGGGCGGACAGUAGGAAUCCUCACUACACUCGCAGGGCUCGUUAUUGCACUUACAAGUACAGUGGAACCUCUAAGGCCAAAUUGCGGAAAUAAUCUGUUCCGGGGUCAAACUGGGCUCGCCGUAAAACCGAAAAAUUGUUUUCCUGUCAAAACAAAACGUAGGGUCCAUUUUGUACCUUUUUGUUGGUGCUUUUAAUACAGAAUGGGCAAAAAUGACCGCCUUAAAAGGGACUAUAUUGUUCUAACAAUCUCAACUUUAAAAACACAGAAAAUGCAACAUUUCGCCGCUUUUGCCUUCUUACACAGACCCCCAGCAACUUGGUGCAGUCCUUUUCCGCACGGGUGUUGACCUCGCGAGCUGCUCAAUUGCCGGAACCAUUUUCUACCUUUCCCGUGUCAUGGGUGCCUUUCGUACAGAACAGUCACAUGAAGGCGAAUUGCAUCUUUUUUUUUUUAUUUAUCAAUCAAAGUGUCAAGCAAGUGCAAAAAGAAGUGAACUCUUUUGGAAAUGGAAUAAAUGUAGCAAAACAACAACAUAACAAAAGAUAAGUAGCACUAGCUGGGCUUUGCUCAUUCCCCCCCCCCAACUCUAAUCUGCUUUCCAACAGUACCACAUUUUAGGGGGGGGCUCAAAAAAUUCAAUUUAAUCAUUCAGAUUCUAAAUCGCUUUCAUAAAUACAUUUGUAAAAAAUGUAAGAAUUAAAAAAAAUGGAUUAGAUAGGGAAAAAAUCGAUUUAAAAGAGAGAAAAAAAUUCCUUUCACACUCAAAUCGCGAGUUUUAAUCAUUCAGAUUCUAAAUCACUUUCAUAAAUACAUUUGUAAAAAAUUUAAGAAUUAAAAAAAAUAGAUUAGAUAGGGAAAAAAAUCGAUUUAAAAGAGAGAAAAAAAUGCCUUUUUAAAAAAAAUAUAUAUUUUUUUUUAAUAUGAUUUGUUUUUAUCAUUUUUUUUAGGCCAUCCAAGAGGAGCUUUCAUAACCGCUUUUAAAAAGACAAUUUUUGUACCAAUUAAUUGACUGCAAGGAAUUGGUUUGAAUGAAGAAUGGAUUCAGCCGUGUGGACUCUUAGAAAAGGCUUGAUCAAGUGAAAGUACACAGAAAAGAAAUGGGAGGGAUGAAAAAGACUUAACCUUUCACAGACUCAUUUGACUUAAUUAUUAGUUUUUAAAUUCAUUAAAUCAAGCACAAGUUGAGCGACGCGGACACGUUUGUUACUGGAUACUUUCUAUUGCUGCCUUGGAGACUUUGCAUGUGUCAGUGAUAUACAACAUUCAUUAUUUGUGUAUAUAUUGACACGUGUAUUAUUGUUCAAUUAAGGACGCUAGCCUGCGUGCUAUUUUGUGCUCAGCUGUUGCGUAGCUGCGAGUUAUUACUUCAGCUUUUUCUAAAUAUAAGAAAAGACCCAUUUAUGCGUGCUAAGCAGCUUUCUUUGCACAACUAAAUCCGCUGCAGGGCUGCUUGUAUCGCAGCCGAUAUCAUUCCGGUACUUGUUUUUUUUUUUUUGCUGAUAUCACACCGGUGUCGAUAUCGAUUGGGACACCCUUAUUCUUAUUUAUCAUACGAGCGUUAAGCUUGAUCAAGUCAAAGUACUCGGAAAAGAAAUGGUAGGGAUGAAAAAGGCUAACCUUUCACAGACUCAUUUGACUUAAUUAUUAGUUUUUAAAUUCAUUAAAUCAAGCACAAGUUGAGCGACGCGGACACGUUUGUUACUGGAUACUUUCUAUUGCUGACUUGGAGACUUUGCAUGUGUCAGUGAUAUACAACAUUCAUUAUUUGUGUAUAUAUUGACACGUGUAUUAUUGUUCAAUUUAGGACGCUAGCCUGCGUGCUAUUUUGUGCUCAGCUGUUGCGUAGCUGCGAGUUAUUACUUCAGCUUUUUCAAAUACAAGAAAAGAGCCAUUUUGCGUGCUAAGCAGCUUUCUUUGCACGACUAAAUCCGCUGCAGGGCUGCUUGUAUCGCAGCCGAUAUCAUUCCGGUACUUGUUUUUUUUUUUUGCUGAUAUCACACCGGUGUCGAUAUCGAUUGGGACACCCUUAUUCUUAUUUAUCAUACCAGUGUUAAAGAAGUUAAAAAUCAAAUACAUCUUUGAAACAUUCUCAAAUGUAAAAACUUAUUUUGGGAGUGGAAUCAAUGGAGAGAGAAAAAAAAACGGCUUUUCUUGACGUCUGCAAUCAUUUGACUUGUUGUUACAGACAAAAGCCAAAGAUAAAGCAAACGUUACGUUGAGUUUAGAGCUAGCUGACGUUGCAAAAGGCACAAAAAUCCAAAGAAAUCAUUUUUAAGUAUGUCGUCCAUCCUUUUGGAGGAAGCGUCUCAAAAAAAUGCCAAAGAAAACGUUUCAUCGUUCGAUUGCUUUUUGCUUUUGUGAAAUUGUGUCAGAUUUCAUUUGACUUUAGAAGUUCCACUGUAACUUUUUUUCCUAGCAGAAUGUUCCUCAGCUGCCCAAAGUGACGAUCCACUUUGCCCCCCUGCUGGCCAAACUGUGUACUGCCAUACCAACAUCGGCCAUUCGGCUUUAAUUUUUUUUUCUUUUCAAAGUGACUUGUCACAAACGCUAACUGAAAGUUUGAGCGUUAUCAGACAGUCGGCUUGUCUCCUCCUGAGGAGGAAGUGUCUCUUUGCAAAAGCACAGACAGGAUGUGAGGUCGUCUGCCUCGCCGGCUUCCUGUGUGACUGACCGCAGUGUCGCCUGGAGACGCACCGCUCGAGUUUGCUCCUUUUUCUCAAACUCGGGCGGCGUUAAAAGAAUUUGAAAGCGGUCGUCGGGUGAAAUGGAGUGCAGUGUUUGGCUGCGACCAGCAGAGGCGCUGUCGCUUCAGUCUCCGGGGUGUCCAAACAUCUCACGUCAGAACUUUUAAUGUCUUCCGUUGUUUUUAUUAUGUUUGAUGUAUUAAAGCCGCACUUCAAGGAAAUAACAAAAUGUCGAUACGGUAAGAUCAAAUCUUGUAAAAGUAUGAGGAAAAAUAUCAUUUUUAGUUAGAGAUGUCCGAUAAUUACGGCCUGCCGAUAUAUGCUUUAAAAUGUAAUAUCGGAAAUUAUCGGUAUCGUUUUUUUUAUUAUCGGUAUCGUUUUUUUUUUUUUUUUUUUUUUUUUUUUUAUUAAAUCAACAUAAAAAAACACAAGAUACACUUACAAUUAGUGCACCAACCCAAAAAACCUCCCUCCCCCAUUUACACUCAUUCACACAAAAGGGUUGUUUCUUUCUGUUAUUAAUAUUGUGGUUCCUACAUUAUA